AUGGUUCAGCUCGCGUCUGAAAAGGCGCGCGCGUCGCCGACGAGCGACUGCGGCACCGUCUCCUCUUCGCCCGAUCCCCUCACUUCCCUAGGCGACAUCCGCACGCACGCGGUCGCCCACAUCCUCGACUCCGAAGAGGUCGUGAGGCAGUUGAAGGCCGAUGUAAAGCGCGGGCUCUCCGCCGAAGAGGCGCGAGAGCGCCUCGAGCUCUUCGGCAGGAACGAGCUCGAUCAGGAGCAGGGAAAGUCUCUUCUGCAGCUCAUUCUUGAGCAGUUUCAGGACUUGCUUGUGCGCAUUCUCCUCUCCGCCGCGGUUGUGAGUUUCAUCCUGGCGCUCUUCGAAGGCGGCGCCGACGAGGGCAUCACCGCCUUCAUCGAGCCCAUGGUCAUUCUCAUCAUUCUCAUCCUCAACGCGGCUGUUGGCGUCUGGCAGGAGUCGAACGCAGAGAAGGCGCUCGAAGCGCUCAAGGAACUGCAGCCUGCGCAGGCGCGCGUUCUCCGCGGCGGCGUCUGGCGGGUGAUGCCCUCCUCAGAGCUGGUCCCCGGUGACAUCGUAGACGUGCGCUGUGGCGACAAAGUCCCAGCGGACUGCCGAGUCGUUGCGCUCAAGUCCACGACACUCCGCGUGGAACAGUCGCAGCUCACCGGCGAAAGCGUCACAGUUGUCAAGGAGCUCGAAGCGCUGCCAGCGUCGUGUGCCGACUGCGAAGUACAGAGCAAGCGAAAUAUCAUCUUUUCCUCGACUACAAUCGCCAGCGGGCACGCACUCGCGGUCGUGGUCGCCACCGGCAUGCGGACGGAGAUUGGCAAGAUUCAGUCUGCUGUGCAGGAGGCUGACGCGGACGACGAAGAUCAGACGCCGCUGCAGCAGAAGCUCGACGAAUUCGGCGAAAUCCUCAGCAAAGUCAUCUUCAUCAUCUGCGCCGUCGUCUGGGUGAUCAACAUCAAGCACUUCUCCGACCCUGUCCAUGGCAGCUUCCUGCGCGGCUGCAUCUACUACUUCAAGAUCGCCGUCGCGCUCGCGGUCGCGGCGAUCCCCGAGGGCCUGCCCGCGGUGAUUACCACCUGCCUCGCGCUGGGCACGCGCAAGAUGGCGAAGAAAAACGCAAUCGUGCGGAAGCUCUCGAGCGUUGAAACCCUCGGCUGCACCACGGUCAUCUGCAGCGACAAGACCGGCACGCUGACAACCAACGAGAUGACCUGCGUCCGCUUCUGCAUCCCCAACAUGAGAAACGGAACCGACCAUUACUCCUGCGAGGGUUCCUGCUAUUCGCCGCUGGGCGCGGUGAGCAUCUCCAGCGCCAACGCGCCGAGCCGCACGUUUCAGCACAUUCAAGACAACGACGCGAAUCUGCAGUGGUUCGCUCGUUGCGCGACGCUGUGCAACGAAGCGCGCCUCGAGAUCGCGCCAAACAGCAAAGGCGCGAAGUUCACGCGCCUGGGCGAGCCGACGGAGGCCGCACUCCUGGUCCUCGUUGAGAAGCUCGGAAGCACCGACAGUGCCCUCAACGCCCGCUACCUCCAGUGCGAAGGCCGAACAGAACAGACGCCCAUGCCCUUCUGCGACUUCUGGUCUUCGUCGUGGAGUUCCCUGGCGACACUCGAGUUCACGCGCGAGCGCAAGAGCAUGGGCGUUCUCUGCCGCGAGCGCCACGAGACUUCCAACACGCUCUUUGUGAAGGGCGCUCCUGAGUCUGUGAUUGACCGGUGCGAUAGCGUGCUGCUGCCCGAUGGCUCUGUGAGUGAGUUGACUGACGCGCUGCGCAAGAAGAUUCAAAAGGACGUCGAGUCGAUGGCUAGCGAGGCGCUGCGGACGCUCGCGCUGGCGAUGAAACGCGACUGCGGCGAGCUCGCCAACUACGAUCCCUCCUCGCCGAACUCAGCAGGUCACCCUGCUCGCAGACUUUUGGAAGACGCCUCGAACUUUGCAAAGAUCGAGAGCGGCCUCGUAUUCCUCGGCCUGGUGGGGUUGAUGGAUCCUCCGCGACCGGAAGUCGGCGAAGCGAUUGAGGCGUGCAGAGACGCGGGCAUCAAAGUCGUGAUGAUCACGGGUGACAACAAACUGACCGCUCAAGCAGUUGCUUCAAUGAUCAACAUCGUCGACGAGGCGAGCGUCGCGACGCGCUCCUUCACUGGAAAAGAGUUCGAGGCCCUCUCUCUCGACGAAAAGAAAGAAGUUCUCUCCCAGGACGGUGCGAUUUUCUCGCGAACGGAGCCGAAGCACAAGCAGAUGAUCAUUCGCUUGCUGAAGGACCUGGGUGAGACGACGGCGAUGACGGGCGACGGCGUGAAUGACGCGCCGGCACUGAAGCAAGCGGACAUCGGCGUCGCGAUGGGCAUCGCAGGAACCGAAGUGGCGAAGGAGGCGUCCGACAUGGUGCUGGCUGACGACAACUUCAGCACAAUCGUCGCCGCUGUCGAGGAGGGCCGCUCGAUCUACAACAACAUGAAGGCUUUUAUCCGCUACCUGAUUAGCAGCAACAUCGGCGAGGUGGCCUCGAUCUUCUUCACUGCCGCGCUCGGCGUCCCCGAAGGUCUCUCUCCCGUUCAGCUUCUGUGGGUGAACCUCGUCACCGACGGCCCGCCUGCCACAGCGCUCGGCUUCAAUCCGCCGGAUCUGGACGUGAUGAAGCGCGAGCCGCGCCACCGCGAAGACAAGUUGAUCAGCGGCCGAAUUUUCCUCCGCUAUAUGCUAAUUGGUAUCUACGUCGGGUUCAGCACCGUGGGCAUCUUCGUCUCUUGGUUUGUCACUGGCGUGGACAUGGUUUCUGAUCCCCACACGCUCGUCAGCAUGCAGCAGCUCAUGCACUGGAACCAGUGCCCAUCGUGGGAGAACUUCCAAGUCGAGCCCGUCUACGGCAUGAAACCCGGCGACCCCUGCGCCUUCUUCACUGUUGGAAAGGCAAAAGCGAGCACGCUGAGCUUGACGGUGUUGGUUGUCAUCGAGAUGUUCAACGCCUUCAACGCCCUCUCGGAAGACGCUUCGCUCCUUCGGCUGCCGCCCUGGACGAACCCCUACCUCGUGUUGGCGACUUUCCUGUCAGUGGCAGUCCACUGCUGCAUUCUCUACAUCCCUUUCUUGAGCCGCGUCUUCGGCGUUGUUCCGCUCACGGCGGUUGACUGGCUCUACGUCGUGCUGUGGUCGCUUCCAGUUGUGUUUUUGGAUGAAGGCCUAAAGGCGAUCGGUCGCAUGAAGGAGAGCGGGCGGAGGCGGCGCCUGCAGCGCACGGCCUCUCAGAUCCGCAAGACUCAGUGA